UGAAGACAGCUGCAGGUUGAAAGCUGUUACAGGUGUUUAGAGAGCGAACGAAGGGACAGGACUCUCAGCAGAGGUUCAAAGCAUCAGCAGAGCUCUACAGCAGCGUGUAGUGCAUCCGGCAGAGGAUGCAGCUGGUUGUCAUGGCAGCAGUGCUGGCGCUGGCGGGGGCGGAGCAAGACUGCAGCUCCGGCUGUCGCCCAAAGAACAUCAGCCUCCCUGUGGACACCUGCGGCUUCGUCGACACCACCAUUUGUGAAGGACAGUGUUUCCAGAAGGAUCCCAACUUCAUUCAUACUGACGACUGGCCCAAACAGAAAACCUGCAACGGAGAGUGGUCCUAUGAGGUGAAAUACACAGAGCAAUGUCCACGGGGUUUCAUCUACCCUGUGGCCAGGAAGUGCGAGUGCACUGCAUGCAAUGCAAACACAGACUGCGGGACCUUGUCUGGAUACAUACCCAGCUGUUAGUCCUUUUAAAGAACCCCAGUAUUCAUCCUGUGCUUAACAGUUAUCUUCUUUGCACCUCUUCCCUCUGAAAUAAACCAGUGAUACAAGC